CCCCAUCGAGAUCGUCUCUGGGUAGGCAGGGUGGUGAUGACGAAGCAACGGUGACGAACGAACGAACCGCACGGAGUGGACUUUAAACCCUCUCGAAUCGGAGAUUGCCAUCAGAUGUUGUGUGUGUUUGCCGGCCACGCUGCGUCGACGGCCCCUGUUCCGGAGACGAAAGGGACGCACCGCCGCGGACCGUCGGGACUGACAUAAUUUAAUCGUGCUGUACGUUACAAGCGAAUAAAUUUAAACACAAACAGACAAUGGCGGGCCAAAAUCAAGACUAUGACGUGCUGGAGGUGCUCCCGAAGUGGGAAAUCACAAAAAUCUAUCUCCGUUGCCUGUUGGCCAACUUUGUGAUCCUCCUCAAGUGGUUGUACGAGAGCGUGAAGUGCAAGGUGAACCCAACCGCUAUCAUGCGCCGGACUAUUGAGCGCACCGACUUUCCGAACAAACCACCGAUCUUCAUGACCGACACCAACUUGGGCCGGCAUUCGUACGUCAAGCUGGAGAACACAAAGCUACACUUCGUCGAAGCCGGCAAUCGUAGCAACCCGAUCGUGAUACUUUUGCAUGGAUUUCCGGAUUGUUGGUUCGGCUGGCGGUAUCAGAUAUCGGAGCUGACUCAUUAUUUUCACGUUAUCGCACUGGACUUAAAAGGAUUCAAUGAUUCCGACAAGCCGCACUGGCGGUUCGAGUACACGCCGAAAAAAGUGUGCGAGGAUUUGCGCAAAUUUCUGAUUGCCAUCAGUGCUAAAAGUGUGUCCAUCAUUGGCCAUGACCUGGGGGCAACUAUUGGUUGGUACUUUGCCCACACCAACCCGGAAAUGGUUGAAAAAUUCGUGAGCGUGUCCACGCCGCAUCCGAACCUGCUGUGGGAUAAUCUCCCAAAAAGUUCACCUUUCAACCGAAACUGGUUAGAGUUUGUGCAGUUGCCAGUAUUACCGGAAAUGGAGCUUAAGCACACGGCCGAUAAAAUAUUGCGUCGCUGCUAUCCCCACGUCGCGAAGGAGAAACUUUACCUCUCCGGUACGAACGGUUCAAUGACCAACAAUCUGAUGGAGGCGUACAAGUAUAGCUUCUGCCAGACGGACGACUGGCGGGGGCCGUUGAACUACUAUCGAAACUUUCUGUUCUACCGCAUACGGGAAGGGGAGAUCAUCCAGUGCCCGUGUCUGAUCAUUGCGGGGAACGACGAUCGGUUCUACAAACUGGAAACGGUGGUGAAAAGUGCCGAGUUUUGUGAAAAUGUUAUGAUAAAGAUCAUUGAACAGUCCGGUCGCGCGCCGCACCAGGAGAUGGCAACGGAGUUCAACAGUACCCUACUUAAAUUUCUUAUUGGAAAAAAGUUCUCUCAAAAACCAUCAGAAAUCCAGCCAACUUCCUCGAGGGGUCUCGUAGGGCGUAUGUUUGGAGGCAUAGGAACCGUGGCCAACAGUACGGUUAAGCUCGGAAACAACCUUCGGGAAACUUACGCCUUUGCUAACCCGUUAAAUGGAGUUCCUAAUUUUAUGAUCAAAGGUUGACUGCCCGACCUGUCGAAUGCAUCGAAUUUAUCUACUUUUACUACUUCAAUCCAAGGGUUCUCAACAUAACUUAAAAGUUGCUUUGUGGAACGUGUGAAAUUCGUGUGGCGUGACAUUGCAGUGUGAAAUAUUAGUUGUAUAGUUAAAAUUAAGAUAUACUCAUAUGCCCAUUCCUGACGAUCUAGUGCUUACAAAGGUGGUGAUCCGAAUAAAAACUUUUUAUAGAAAAAUAAAAUAUGUAAAUAAAUUAACAU